AUUUUUUGUUUGUAACAAUUAUUAUUUUGGCUCUAAUGUUUAGCAUGGCUCGAACAGCCAAAUCUUCGAACUGAUCAACCACCAACCUUAAAAUCAAUCGUUAAUUUCAAACUGUCUGAAUUUAAAAGCUUGAGCUUCAUUUUGACUUAUUCAAGCGUAAUUUGUUUGAAUCACUUGCCUGAGUCUUCAUAAGAUUUAAUAUUUAAGUGUUCUCAAUUUCCGAUGGCUUAUCUACGUAUGUACGAGACCCUGUGUCUUAUACAGAUCCAACAUAACUCAAGAACUUAGCUACCCCCGCGUACGACCGCGAUAAAAUGUAAAAACCCAUGACGUAAAAAGACCAGGUAAACGCUUGAAAUCAGUUUCAAGUUAUGACGGCAUUUGUGACCGAUCAGAAGUUGGUCUCCAAAUUUUAAUGUAAAGCCGCCAUUGGAAAUUUGCCACCAGUCAGAAAUUUGUCUCAAAUUAUAUUCGUCAUGCGCAAUAUUACACCUGGGCUUUUUACAUCCGAUAAUUUUACAUCACGGUAGAAUAGAAUCCAUGGUGGAAUCAAGAUUCCAUCGUGACAAGACCUGCGAAAUUUCGCCAUUAUUAAGUCGUUGAUUAGUCGUUGUAGAAACGCACGCGUAACCAUAGGGCGUAGCCCUAGCAACCACGCGUGUUCCUAAUUCCUGUGAACGCCACCACGGCGAAAGUGCUCGUUCCAUCGCUCAGCGAGACGGUACUUCCUCCCGAGGAGGAAAACCGCGCGCGCGAUUGAUAGUCGCCUCCACGACUAUUAAUCGCAAUCAACGACGCGACCAAUCAACGACGGUCCUGGACCCAGCUUGAUACGAACCAUCGAACGGUGACAGACAAUAUUUCCAAAGGGAAGCAGACGAGAACAAUGAGGAUCCCGCAUACGAUAUCGAAGAACGUUAUAGCUGCGUACAGAUGCUCGCCGGAAACCACGCUGUUAUCGCAGGAGCAAGGAAGGACGCUUCGGGCGGAAGACGCCUCGUGGGACGACGGGGUAAUCCCCGAUUUAAAAAUUCUCGCGCUUCGUGCCAUAGUUUUGACCUGGAAGGAUAAUCCUAUCCUGGAGGAUCUGCCGACAUGCGCCGACAGGGAUGUACUGGUGGAAACACUACCGACUGAUCUACCCUUCGAGUUGACGAUACCAAGAAUCGGGGACGAGUUUUAUUGGGAACGCUCGGCCAAGGACAGGUGGGAAUAUAACGAUCCAAGUGAGCAUGGUAACUCAUGGCGGCGAUUAUAUUGCGAACGCCACUUAGUCGAGUAUCUGGAAACUUUGCAGGCGAGCUACUUCGAGCCUCAAAGAGAAGAAUGUGAGAAAUUGAUGGCUCUCGUAAAGAACCAUAUACAUGUCAUAAGGCUUCGUUCUCUCGUGCCGACCAAAAAGCGAACUGAUAUGGAAAAUGAUGAAUUAAUCCUAGAAGACGACGUCGUGCAUCACAUUCCCAUGGCUGUUAUACUUCCACAAUUCCCGCAUCUCACCGAGAUUUAUCUCAACUUCGGUAUGAUCUACAUGAAUGACGGUUUCGAGUGGCGAGAUUUUGAAUUUUCGUUGGAGGAUUGCCUAAGUCUGGGGGAAGGAAUUAAAGCCAGCCCGAAAUUGAAGAAAUUCAGUCUAACUCGGAGCAACUUGGACCAGCCCCGAGUCGCUGCUAUUCUUCAAGGGAUGAUAUCGAACGAUAACAUCGAGGAAUUGGAUCUGUCGCAUUGCAAGUUGAAGGAUAAGGGUGCACACGCGGUAGGCGAAUUUCUGUCGAGGCACCAGAACCUGAAGAUUCUGCAUUUGACAAAUAACAAUAUUGGACCGAUUGGAGUUGCCGGUAUCGUUCACGGAUUAUUAAAAGCUAGCUCGACGGCUCUAAAACAUUUGGAUUUCCGAUUGAAUCCUUUGCAAACUGAAGGAGCUAAUCACAUAUGCGCUCUCUUGGUAAGAAACAAAACUUUGGAAACAUUAAAUAUCAGUGGCUGCGAAUUAGGUCCGGAAGACGGUAUAGCGUUGGCCGAUGUAUUCUCUUCCGGUUGUGUGGAACUCGAAGCUUUAUCUCUCGAUGUAUCAAACAAUAACUUUGGAUUUACAGAAAUUACAGAUGAGCAAGAGAAGGCAAAAUCAAUCCUCAAAGUUCAACAUUCAAGUGGCCUCGUCUAUUAGAAGAAGCCGAGCUCUCCUGGUCAUGGAAAAUUUAAGACGCCGUUUAGAUAUAGCGACGCCACGAUGUAUCCAGAAGAGUGCUUACCAAACGAGUUUUCAAAUAAUAAAACGAAGACGAUGCUCCAUAUACACCGAGGAACAUUGCCAACUCUGAUUCCAAUCAAUCUACUACCCAUUUUUCCAAAAUCAAUAUAACUAAUAUUUUUUAAU